AUGCACGAAGGCUAUUAUGAAGAACCGCGCCGAGUGGCGCCUUCAACUCCGACGGAUGCCGCACAGAUGAAGGCCGACCUGGAGAUGUGCCCGCCGUGGAUAUUGAGCAAGCUCAAGACCGAGCGGGAUCUGCGGCGCAAGCUGGCCGAGCAGACCAAGGAGCAGACGCGCAUCCUCCUGGAGGAGGUGAAGGACUGGCGCGCCAAGGCCUACAACUACCAGCGCGAGGCCCAGGAAAAGGAGGCGCAGCGCAAGAAGAAGCAGGAGGAGCUCGAUCGAAUCAAGGAAAUGCUCCAACAGCAGUUGGCGGAGAAGGAUGAGCAGCUCGCCAAGAAGAACGAGAUCCUGGCUCUGCUCAAGCAGCGCUUCCUGCAGUUCCAGGAGGCCAAGAAGGAGGCGCAGGGCAUCGUGGCCAGCUCUCCGAUGCCGUCCAACCUCUCGCUCUCCUCGUCGUGGGACGCCUCCAAGUCGGCUGCCGGGCCAUCGUCACCCACCAUGGAGCGACCGCCGGGCUCGCCGGGUCGCGGCGGCUGGGAGGCGGCGGCGGCGAAGAGCGGCCACAGUGUUCGACCGGCGUCGCCGACCCGCGGGCUGGUCACGCCGUCGUCGCCCUCGCUGUCGACCUCCAGCGGCUCGGGUGCUCUGGCGAGCGGUUCGAGCGGCGGCGCGUUGGGUUCGACCAGCAGCUCCGGAAGCGGCAUGGGGUUGAUGUCAGGCCAGCGACUGCACUCCAGCUCUGUCUCUGCGGUCGGUGCUCGCGCGCCUCUCUCGCCCGUUGCCGAUAAGCGCCCGCAGCUCGGUGCCAGCGAGGGCCGGUACGUUCCGUCAUUCCCCACCCACACAGCCACUCGACUCCUAAUGAAUGUUCAUUCAUCUCCCUUGCGCCGCGGAUUGUCGAUGCCACAUCAGCUCGCCCCGCGUUCUUCCGGCGCGAGGUGCUCCUCCCUCGGGCACCACCAUCGGCCUCCAGACCCCCCGUAG